UCUGUUCUAUGGGUACACUACAGAAUCCAAUUCAAUCAAAACCCUAAUUUUCCCAAAUUUUAGUCAACAUUCUCUAUCCAGAUCAACUUCUCCUGGGCUAGGGACGGAAAUUGAAAAUACUUUCAUUAGUGGUGUUCUCUUUGAGGUGAGAUGUUACGAGAUAAAGCUGGCUCAUAUCAUGAUACAAGUUUGAUGAUGUCAGACUUACCAGGUUACCUGCGCAACUGCUCGUGCACUGGAAAACUUGCACUUUUGGCGAUUUUAGUUUCAGGAGGAAUUGUUUUGCAAAUCUUGGCAUGUGCUCUGUACAAUAAUUGGUGGCCAAUGCUGACUGUAAUAAUGUAUGUACUUCUUCCAAUGCCUUUGCUGUUCUUUGCGGGCUUCAAUGUUUCUUCACUUUUAUCUGAAUCUGGCAAUAGUUGGGUCAAAGCAACAAAGUACUUGACUGGAGCUUCUACGGUUGGAAGCAUUGCCAUACCAGCCAUCCUGAAGCAUGCUGAAUUUACUGGUUGGGGCGCACUGGCGAUGGAACUUUCAUCAUAUUUCAUACUUGUACUAGCCAUAAUGUGUUAUAUUCAAAUGAAUGAUGAUGAUUAUAGUUUCCUCUGAAAGAUGACUAAUUCAGUUCUCACCUGCAAUCAUGAUUCAUGUAAGUCACUGUCAAAGUUAGUUCAGAGGAGUUUUAACGAGCCUCAUUUCCAUGUUUGUUCUUGCAGAGUGAUUGGGGGAUGUUUUUUUGGUACACGUAAUGAGUGAGUGCCAUUGUUGUGGGUGAUUGAUCUUGCUUUAGAAUUGGUGUGGAAUGAAGUAUUUGCUGGUUUACUUGUUUUCUCGAGAAAACCAACUUUCAAUCCCCAGAAUUGUCUUAA